GGGAAUGUCUUUAAUUUGGAUCAGAGUUUGGCAGAUGUCUAGAAGCGCUGUGUCACUUUGACUCAGAGGGAGGCUAAUGUUACUAAACCAGUGUAAAACCAAUGUAAGUGCGCUUCCCUGACAUCAGCUCCGAGUGCACUCGUUUGAGUCGUGAUGAGUAGAUUCAAGGAUCGCUUAUGGCCAGACAGGAGGGAAGCACAGGGACUGGACAGGAUGGAUGGACGGACUGAGGGGGAAGGGAGAGAGAGAGAGAAAGAGAGGAGAAUAACGGUGUGUGUUUGUGUGAGGCGGUCAAAACAGCUCAGCGCGUGCACAGAAACAAACAGAGUUAACGCGUUUCAUCGUGUCAUAAGGCAGUAUUAAAGGGAUGAUGCUCCUGGAGGUUUCUUCCCUGGGGAUUCAGAGACGUCAGGAAUGAUUUGCUGAUCCAGUUGCUGUUGCCAAAAGCUUCCAAUCACUUCCACUCCAAGACUGACUUCAAACCUGCACACACACACACACACACACACACACACACAGUUGAGCCUACACAAACAUACCAUUCAUAUACACGCCGUCAUGGCCAACAUCUAUCCGUACGGCUGCUUCACGCAUGCUGUGGUCAGAGGUAUCCCAGAAUCCUUUGGGAAGUUGGCGGAGGGUGGCGAAGGGCUUCAGACAGACCUGGCCAAGGCCCAGCGUCAGAUGGGGGUGCUGACGGGGGCUCUGAGACAGAAGGUGGGGCUGCAGCUGAUAGAGAUCCCAGCAGUGACCGAGCUGCCCGAGAGCUGGAGGAUCGAAGACGUGGCUGUGAUCCAGGGCGACACGGCGCUCAUCACCCGACCACUCAAACAGCAGAGGCGCACUGAGGCGGAGGCCGUGCGGCGCGUCCUGAGCGAGCUCAAGCUGACGGUGCUGGAGAUGGGCGACGAGGAGGGCCGGUCUGCUGGAGCCACUCUGGAAGGAAGUGAUGUCCUCUUCACUGGAAAAGAGUUCUUUGUGGGCAUUUCGAAACACACCAAUCACCGUGGGGCAGAGGUUUUGGCCGACACCUUUAAGGACUUUGCGGUGUCCACUGUGCCGGUGUGUGGAGGCUCUCGUCUGAAGAACAUCUGCUCCAUGGGCGGCCCUGACACCAUCAUCAUCAGCAGCAGCGACGGGGCCAAGAAGACCCUCCGAAUGAUGGAGCAGCUGACUGACCAUCACUACGAGAUCUUGUCUGUGCCCGAGGAUGUGGCUGCUAACUGCGUUUACAUCAGAGGUCCUGCUAAAGUGGACUUCCUCCUGCACCCCACGGCCGAGGAGUGUCCCAACAGUGUUCCCGCUUUCCAGCGCUUGACCGACUACACCCUGCUGCCCACCGCCUGCAGCGAAGCCUCCAAACUCGGGGCGGCGCUGUCCUCCCUUUGCCUGCUCAUCAACAAGAAACCCAACUAUUAAAGACAUUCAAGUACAA